CUCCCGCUGGCGGUGCUGUGUCUGUGGAGGUGCGGGCUUCGUCUGCCGGCGGCUUCUGUGGUGGCGGAUCCUCCGAGAUGGGCAGAGAACUCUUCCUCCGUGCUGUCCUAGGGCUGGGGCGGCCCGGGAGAUCUUCCUGAGAGUUUGCUUUUGCAGACAUCGCGCCUUCAGCUAGAAUGUUCCUUCUGAAUGCCCGUCCUCUGGCAGCUUUUCAGACGCAGUGGGCACCGUUUGGCUGUAGCGCACCCUGUAGAGGCCCCACAUCCCUGCCUCAGGUCGCCGCCUCAGAUGUUGACGGUGCUAUAGACAGUCCACAGAGCGAGGAGUCUUCUCUGACUGUGAACCUUGAACAUGAGCAGAUUAUGCAGAAGAACAGAGAGGGGGAGAUUCAUAUCGACAGAGGACUGAACCCCGCUUCUUCCCUCUUCAAAGGCCACGUGAGAGAAAAGGCUUUGCUCGUCGUCCCGGCGCAGUUCAAAGACAUUAAAGAGGAGGGCGCAGAUUUCGAGGCUCUUGCUUUGGACUCGGACAGCGAUGAUUCUGUAGACAGAGACAUUGAAGAAGCUAUACAGGAAUACCUAAAGAAUAGGGGCAGCGCUGCCCCCAAAAGCCCAAACAUUCCCAAUAAUGAUGCCGCCAAGGUGGAAGCCGCUCAGUUUAAUGUCCCAGCCCGGAGGUCUCCCAUCAAAAUGGUGACGUCGCCUAACAUGUGUGAUUCCUUCCCUGUGCAGGACCUGUCCCGAUGCUCCUCACCAGACAGCGUGGGGAGCGAUGACUCCUUUGAGCAAAGUAUCAAGGAGGAAAUUGAGCAGUUUCUGAUUGAGAAGAAGCUGCAGAACAAUGUGAGCGAGUCCAGCAUCAGUAAGAAAGCUGCAGCCAGUCACCCUGCGGCCAAACCGAAACCGAAACCAGGCUCCAAGCAAGGGAUGAAGGUGCCGACAUUGAAAUCAGCCCCCGGAAGCCUCAGUCUACAUUCUAAGACUCUCAAACCCAAUGUCCGCCUCAAGACUGUGUCCGGCUCGGGUAAGCUGACCGUCUUAAGACCACUGCCCCCUCCUCCCGCUCCGUGUAUCGAGCUCUCCGACUCCAGCAGUGAUGAUGGGAUUGAGGAAGCCAUUCAACAGUUCCAGUUGGAAAAAAGUAGAUUAGAAGGAAAUCUUGGCUCCGCUCCCUGGACCUCUCAGGAAAAAGAUGGGAAAAGCACAAGGGACGCAAUAUUAGACAUUGGUCACUGCCAGAUGAAGGGCUUUCCUCCUGAAUCCCAGAAGAAGACAGCAGACUACAGGAAGAGAAAGCUGCCUAACGUCAAACCAGCUGCAUCUCAAGACGUCACCAGUAAGAGGGCAUUUCAUUUUGGAGAUGAGCAGAGUCUGGAAUACAAACCUGAGCUCGCAGCGACAAGGAGGGCAGAGACCGCAGCGGAGCUGAUGUGCGCGGAAGCCAUACUGGACAUCUCCAAGGCGAUAUUGCCUUCACAACCUGAAAGUUCUUGUCCAGUGUUGCAGGACAAGCCCUCGGCUCCUGCUGCAUCCCCAUGUUCCAGCGACAGCGCGGUUGACAGCGAUGACAGCAUAGAGCAAGAGAUAAGAACAUUUUUGGCUCUUAAAGCUCAAGCUGAGAGUCUUGGUACAACCUCAUCCAAGCAGUCCCCAAAGGAGCAAAGGCCUGAACCCCAAAAACAGCCGUCACUUCCCAAUAACAAGGCUGCUGGGACGAGUAAGGGUAUACUGAAGGGCUCUCCUGGGAAAGGUACAGACUCUGUGAAUGGUGAUAGCUGCACAGUAAACGCAGUCGUGCCCUUUAGUCAGAACUCGAUGGGCAAAAGUACAGAGACUUCUCCUGAUGACAUUAGGCCUCAGUGCCAAGCAGAGGAUGCCAAGCAUCACAUUAUCCAGGCUAUGGAAGGUCUUGAGUCUUCUCCAAGAGCAAGUGCAGGUAAACGGAAAAAGUCCAUGAAAGUGAGAGGUAACUGCAGCGGAGAUAAGAGUAGCUCCUUGGACAGUGAUGAGGACUUGGACUCUGCUAUAAAGGACCUGCUGAGGUCCAAAAGAAAAUGCAAAAAGAGACCAAAGGAUGGUAGACCUCAGUGUAAGAAGAAGGUCCGAUUCGGAGAAACCACUACUAGACUGUUGGAAUCGGUGGGUGGAACGGAGCAGAAGGAUUGCAAUCCCAGACCCCUUGUGGAAAGCUGCCUUGUAAUUUCCAGUGAUUUAAAAGAGAAUUCCUUCAAGAGGUCAAAGCCAAGCUUGAAACUAAAAGAGGAGAAAAAGAUCCCAGUGGGAAAUACAGAGUUGUCUCAUGUUAGCAAACCGGUCGAGUCUAAACCAGCGUGUGCCUCCAACAAGUCCAUAAAGAUAAGUAGUGCCUUGCCUGAUACUCAGGACAGCAGCUCCGUGGACAGUGAUGAUAGCAUAGAGCAAGAAAUAAGGAAAUUCCUGGCUGAGCGAGCACGGGAGUCUACAGAACUGUCUGCAGCGCCAAAGACAACUGCUCCAGUGACCGCUCCGACCGUCAUCAAGACUGAGCCUGCUCCAGCCUGCAUCAGUAGUCCUGUACCCAUAAGGAAGGACCCCAGAGCCUCCACAUGCAGUCCUGUACCCAUAAGGAAGGACCCCAGAGCCUCCACAUGCAGUCCAGCACCUAUAAGGAAUCAACCUGCAGCCUGCACAGUUAGUCCUGCACCUAUACGGAAUCAACCUGGAGCCUGCACAGUUAGUCCUGCACCUAUACGGAAUCAACCUGGAGCCUGCACAGUUAGUCCUGCACCUAUACGGAAUCAACCUGGAGCCUGCACAGUUAGUCCUGCACCUUUACGGAAUCAACCUGGAGCCUGCACAGUUAGUCCUGCACUCAUAAAGAAGGAACCCAGAGCCUGCAUAGUUAGUCCUGCACCUAUACGGAAUCAACCUGGAGCCUGCAUAGUUAGUCCUGCACCUAUAAGGAAUCAACCUGGAGCCUGUACAGUUAGUCUUGCAACCAUAAAGAAGGAACCCAAAACCUCCACAAGUACUCUUUCACCUGUAAGGCUAGAACCUGGAGCCUUUACAGUUAGUCCUGCACCCAUAAGGAAUGAACCUGGAGCCUGCACAGUUAGUCCUGCACCCAUAAGGAAUGAACCCGGAGCCUGCACAGUUAGUCCUGCACCCAUAAGGAAUGAACCCGGAGCCUGCACAGUUAGUCCUGCACCCAUAAGGAAUGAACCCAGAGCCUGCACAGUUAGUCCUGCACUUGUAAAGAAGGAACCUGGUGUCUUAUCAAGUUCCGUGACUGAGACCAUUCUCCAAAAAGUCCGCGAGAAAGAUCGCUCCACCCAUGCAGGCCCACCGCCUGCUGUCAUACAGCGCCUGUAUGGUUAUAAAGACAACUUACCUCCUGUAGCAAGGUUGCAGCAUCCUACAGGUAUAGCUCCGGCGACCACUCCUUUACAUGGCGUCAUCGUCAAGAGAGACUGCAUUGUAGAUCAGAAGAGGGUUGUGAGGCCGACUGAGAAAAUGCUUCCUGCCACCCCCGACAGAGUAGUUGUGAAAACUGGUGUUAAUGGUUCUCAAGGGAACAUCCCGAUUUCGAGGAACUUUGUCGCCGGUCUCAAAUACAUUUCUGGAACUGAACAACAGCUUCUCUUAAACGUGGGGAAGACUGGGACGGCCAGGCUGGCCACCGACUUCUACAAUCCUGCAGGGACCAUCGCACCGCUGGGGAGUUGUCAGAAAAAAACAUUCAUUUUAGAACAGCCUAAGGUUGUCCAGGCCCCGGCCUUCUCUCUCGGCACCCCCAUGGUCCGCCCCGCACUGUAUGUCGUAACCACCAAGGUGGUGCAAGAAACUUCGGCCUCUUUGUGUCUCCCCAUAAACACGGCGACCUACGAUGCCGGCCUGAACUUAAUGAGCAUUCAGUACUGUCCCGGUCAGGUAGCGCCUCGCGCAUCAGCAUGCACUGCCCCCUUCUCCUUUCAGCAAACCCAGAACAGCGAGACCAUGGUCGUUACCCCCGGCAAGGCAGGAGAGAUCCCCACCCUCAUUACCAAAGCAAGAGCAAACCAGACGCCGUCAGGGCUGCUAGAUGGAGAAAGCGCUAACGUUACUGGCAGAGCAGCGGGCGAUGUAGAGGCAGGAGCUAGUAUGGUGCAGAAAGACCAGGUGUAAGUACCAUAGUCUCCUGUAUAGGUCCACUGUAUAUAGAGAAGACUAGUCUCCCAUAAAUGAAUCCAGGCUGCUUGGGUCACAUCGACCCGACGUCCACUCUUUGCCUAAAUAUAUGAAGGAAGGAUUGUAUACGUCAGGGUUCAGCAACCUCCGGCAUCCAGCUGGUGUGAAACUACAACUCCCAGCAUGCAUACUUGCUCUGCUGUUCUCACAAAUGAAAGGGUCAUGUUGGGAAUUGUAGUUUUUACAACAGCUGACCCCUGGUAUACGUCAACAUUACCAAUAGGGUCUUGCAGUGUGGUGUUCCCUUUGGCGGUACGUAGGUGAUUAGAUCAGGGAGCUGCAUUAUCCGGUUUUCUUCUCUACAUGUAAUAAUCUGAGUCUGCCGGCAGCGGUGACGGCGGAGCCCUGCUACAUGACAAUAUUGGGGGUUGCAGAAUAAUGCAGAUCUGGUAUAUCAGCCUCUGUCCAGUAAUAACACUCCAGGGUGGGAAAGGUCCGAUGAUGGUAGGUGCUAGUGCCUUGUAUCUGUCCUGGCGUGCUAUCACACCGGGCGUCCGUCUGUAGUGGGGGCCUCUAGUCCUCCAUAUCCCUCUCAUAGAUCCUGGAAAUCCCGAGAACAUUCCACAAUAUUCAUAUGUGAAACUUGCUACAAUGUAAAUAUUCUUAUUUCUGCCUAAUUUUAGAGUUUUUACAUUGAACAUCGUGUAGAUUUUAAGCCCGUUUGGCACUUGAAGGAUUUAUUUGCACUUUUUUUUUUUUUUUACACUUUAUGUUCUUGGAUUUAGAUUUCUUUGCUGCUUUUUUAAACGUUUUAUUUUGUAAUAAUUUGGGGGGUCUUCAGCUGCUCCCUAUGCAGGGUCCCUGUCUCGCCUUCUGUCUCACCCUGUUCUUUUCUGUAGAUUUUGUAAAUGAUGUAAAGACUUUUCUCUUUUACUUGAAAAAAAAAGAAAUCACGGAAACACGACCGGCCUUGGCGUUCAGAUUCCUGGAGAUUGUGUCGCUUUUAUUAUUCCAGUUCUGUGUUUUUACAUAAAGUGGACUUUCCUAUC